AUGGAGGUCCACAACCCCACGCGGGAGUAUCCGAACCCUUGCGAAUACAAGGGCUGCACGAAGAAGUUCGUGAGGAAAACUUGUCUCUUGAGGCACGAGCAGAGUGUGCACGUCAAAUCACGAAACUGGCAAUGCCCCCUCUGUGACGCCUGCUUUGCGCGCAAAGAUACACUAAGAAGGCAUACCGAGGACGGCUGUCCGAAGCGCUUCGAGCUCAGACACAGCGCGCCGGCGAGCAACAGACCGUCGCCUCUUAGCAAUCCAGCACCCAUAUUUCAACGAUUAAUGUAG